CACAAUAUGGAGUACAUUAUGUCCUUUCUCAUGGGUCUUUCCGAUCUUUAUGCUCAAGUGCGUGGCAAUAUCCUUGUCAUGGAUCCUCUUCCUGAAAUUAAUAGAGUCUUUCUUCUAGUAACACAAGAAGAGAACCAAAGAAGAGGACAAGGCAGUACCACAGAUCGAAACUCGAAUAUGGCCUUUGCCUUUCAAGGAGAAAAGGCUUCAAGCAAGGGUGACACUCAAGGACCACCUAAAACUCAGCAACCUAAACGUGGCAGGCCCUUUUGUACUCAUUGUAACAUGCAUGGUCACACCAUCGAAAAAUGUUACAAGAUACAUGGAUAUCCCCCCAGAUACAACAAAGGAGGAAAAUCAAAGGAUGCUGCAGCAAACCAAUUCCAAACAUCCAAUGAAACAGGUUCGGGUCCCAGUGAAAGCAACACUUUGCUGCCCCAACGCACAGCAAACCAAUAUCAGCAGUUGCUGAACCUUCUUGGUGCCCAAACUGUCAACCCACCUGCUACAGACCCGAGUACUUCUAAUGGGAACUCAGGAUACGCACACCAAGCUAAUGAUUGGCAAAGGUGAAUCGGCUAAUGGUCUUUACAUAUUGGACACCACACCCGUUCUCAUCAAGGCUUUUGCAUCUGCUGAAACUUGGCACAAGCGUUUGG